GUGUUUACUCCUACACGUGGUAGUGGUGGUGGUAGCGCUUCCCUCGGCCUGUCACUCGUCUAUUCAGCUAUAUUUCUCGACUCCUCGCCCUGUGUCAGCGAUGGCGGAUUGCAAUGGGCUAGACAAGACCUUCCUGGAGCACCACAAGCAGCAGCUCCAGACCUCAGGGGUGCCGGCUCACUUCUGGCCCACUAUAUUCCGGAAACUGCUGGCCCAGGUUUACGAUGCUGGCGAGUACUUCCAACUGUGCCAGCUGACCUAUUCUGACGGGGACGGCGACCGCGAUGACCCACUGUGGAGGGUGGCGGUGACCCGACCCGAGGGAAUCAAGGCGGACGACCCUAACCAUGUGUUCAUCAUUGAUCAUGCGUGGACUUACCGUGCGUCUGAGGCAAGGCAGUGUUUGAGGGAGAUUCCAGGGCUGCUAGAGAGAAUGGUGGGGCUCAUGGACAUCCCUACUGAGGAGAACACACAGGAGGAGAUGGUGGAGAGUGUUGUGAGGGAGAUGUGGAGGUUUAAUUGCACUUAUAGCAUUGCCAGUAAGAAUGCUGAGGAGUCACUGCCGGUCUGGUAUAUAAUGGAUGAGUUUGGUGCCCGUAUCCAGCACAGUGGGGAGCCAAACUUCAGAGUGGUGCCUUUCUACUUCUCCCCUCACCAGUGCUGCUACUCCCUGCUCUUCCCUAUUGAGGAUGUGGAUGAAGGGGAGGAGGUGACUCGGAAUUAUGUAGAAGGUCCGCCCAUCAGUGACCUGACCCGAGAUGUCCUGCUGCCCUGGUUUCCCGAGGACCUCACCCAUGAAGACCCACGGCAGGAGGAACCACCUGCUGACUUCUUCCUGUCCGGCCGCAACAAUGAGGAGCUGCCUGAAGGAGCCGUAGAAGCUGAAGUGCCGUCCCAUCGCCCUCUGAAGGUCUUCGCUGAGUACAAGUAUGUGCAGAAGUACCUCACUGACCCGCGCUUCACUGUCACUGAUUCAAGGGAGGAGGCGGACAUUCUGUGGCUCAUGGAACACUUCAAGGACUUCAAGAGUCUGAGUGAACGGCCGCAGUGUCGCAUCAACCAGUACCCUCUGGAGAUCCUAGUGACCAUCAAGGACCUGCUGGGGGUGGUGUGUCGCAGGGCUGUGCAUCUCGGGGCCUGCCACACCGAGGACGACGCUGGCACCCCCUCCUGGCUGCCCCUCACCUACUGCCUCAAGAGAGAAUUGGGAAAGUUUGUGUCGCUGUUUCAGAGGAGGGAGAAGAGGGGCGAGGACAACCACUGGAUCAUUAAGCCCUGGAACCUUGCUCGCGGCCUGGACCAUACCAUCACCAAUAACCUGAACCACAUAGUCCGCCUGCCAGCCACCGGACCCAAGGUUGCUCAGAAGUACAUCUCGGAUCCUGUUCUCUUUCACCGCGACGACAUUGACAGCAAGGUGAAGUUUGACAUCCGGUACAUCGUCAUGCUGCUCAGUGUGAAGCCCCUUAAGGUCGCGGUGUACAAAAGGUUCUGGCUACGGUUUGCCAAUCUGGCCUUUGAUCUGACAGAGCUGGACAACACCAACAAACACUUCACCGUGAACAACUACAAUGACUCUGGCCUUCUGCAGAUGUACUGCCACGACUUCAUCACCAAGUUUGACGGGCAGUACCCAGAACACCCCUGGGAGCAGGCUGAGAGACGGAUCUUCUCCAUGAUUCUACAGGUGUUCCAGGCGGCCAGCAGUGAGGAGCCCCCGAAAGGCAUCCCCCACAACCCUCAGUGCAAGGGCUUUUAUGGGCUGGACAUCAUGCUGCAGUGGGCCAACAGAGAAGGCGGGCGGUGCAUGGAGCCACAACUGCUGGAGGUGAACUAUGGGUCGGACUGCAAGCGUGCCUGUGAAUACUACCCAGAUUUCUUCAACGACGUGCUCUCUGUCAUGUUCCUGGACGAGAUGGAGGGUCAUAAUGUGGAGGUGCUGGAGUAAUGCUUGUCCAUGCCUCCACCUUUGAAUUCUAACUGAAGUGGAAUGAUAUGAUAACUCGUCUGUUUUUCACCUUGAGUUAUGUCGAUCUUUAUAUUGAUUUUGAUAGCUGUGGUGAGGUGGAGGGGUGGAAGUCCUGGAGUAAUGCUUAUCCACACUUCCACUUUUCAAUUCUAACUGGAGUGGAAUGAUUCAUUGGCUCACCUGUUCUCCACCUUGAGUUAUGUGGAUUUAGAUUUUGAUAGCGAUGUUUCUGGAUGAAGUGGAGGGUCAUAAUGUGGAGUAAUGCUUGUCCACACUUCCACUUUUCAAUUCUAACGAGUGGAAUGACAUGAUGGCUUACCUGUUUUCCACCUUGAGUUUGUGAAUCUUAAUAUUGAUUUUGAUAGUGAUGGUGAAGUGGAGGGAUGCAAUGUGGAGAUCCUGGAGUUAUGCUUGUCCAUGCUUCCAGCUUUCAAUUCAAACUAGAGUGGAAUGAUUCAAUGCCUCAUAUGUUCUCCUUGAGUUAUGUGGAGCUUCACCUUACAUAUUCCUGUUGAGGUGGAGGGACAUGUGGUGGACUGGUGGAGUAAUGCUUGGUUAGUCAUUCUCCACUAGCUUUUAAUUUUAACUUUUGACUUGUUUCUAUGUGGAUUUCAGUGCAGUAGUGGAGAGUUGCAGUGUGGAGGUGGUGGAGGAAAGCUUGGUUCAGUCUCUUUCUGAUGUGCUAUAUGCUCCACAAUGUAUGGUUCUGUUAUUUUGGGAGUGGAUUAUUGUGGCAUUAAUAUUUUCUUCUUAUCAACCACACAAAGCCAAUUUCUCUUCAUGUUCGUGUAUUUUCAUCUAUAAUGUUAGGUGAAACGAGUGAUAUACUGUGGCUUGUUUUUUUUAUCAGUAGUUUGUUUAUAUUUCUUCCCCUCGUUGGCUACACAAAGCUAAUCUGUUGUCAUGUUCAUUUAUUUUCAUCUACAAUGUUGAGUCAAGCUAGUGAUAUUCUGUAGCUUGUCUUAUAUUCAUUGGUUGUUUAUAUUUUUUGUCCUAAUAAUCAUAUGAAAGUGUUUUGUUGCCACGUUGAUCUAUUUUCUGCAGUGUUGAGUCGGGCCGGCACUGUUGUUUGUCAUGUCCUCUGCCUGAGUUCUUGACAUGCCUUGUGUUGAGUAAGGCACUUGAGAUUAGUUUUCCAUUGAGUACUGGUGAUAAAAUGCUCCUGUGUUGAAAGUACAGACAUUCACUGACACAUGCUUUCGGUCUUGUAGGGAGUGUAGUGAAGGCCAAGGACUGUACAAAAUACCAGUGUUAACCAGGAUUGCAGUGGUGUGGUUUAGAGGCUGUGAUUUGUGUUAGGUGCAGUUCACAUAAACAAUGGUUUCUCUUUCUCCAGCAUCUUACAUCCCCGGAAGCUUGUCUCACCACUGACCAGAUGGUGUUCAGACAAUCUCCAGACUCUGUUCCCUUGUCAAGAUGUUAAUUCUUGGUAUAAUUUGACUUGAGAAGGAGCAAGAGUGGGAGCAGAAGGUGUCAGGAGGAAGGGAAGCAUUGUGUGUGUGUGUGUGCGCGGGGCAUUGCAUGUACUUAACCUGACGCUGUCAUAAUGAUAGCCAGUGAGGUGUUACAGAAUGCACAUUUUUUAAGUAAGGUGUUAUAGAAUGCACAUUAUUUAGUAAGGUUUUAUAGAAUGUACUUUUCUUUGGUUGUAAGGAAGAGAUAAGAUAUUCAAGAUCAGAUUUUGUUCUCAAAGGGUUAAAUUGAUAAUGAAUGUUUUUGUCUGCCAUUUGAAUGUUGAAGGAUGUGAAUUAUUGGUUGCAAACAAUAGAAUCAUUACUGAAUUUUUUUGGCCCGACUGAAAUAUUACAAUAAUCUCAAUUUUUGCUCUUGUGAGGCUGAAUUAAUAAUGAUUGUAUCUUCUCUUAUUAGAAUAUUCAAAGAUAUCAUUUUCUUUUGCUCUGAAUUGAAUUAAUAUUUAUUUUCUGAAGUCUUAUUUAAAUGUUUGAAGAAUGUCAGUUGUUGGUCUGAGAGGCUUGAAGCAUUGUUAAAUAUUUGUAGUUAGUCUUAUUUCAGUGUUUGUGUGUCAGGGCAAGGCUGCUGCUGCUGUGGGGCUGAAGCAGUGAGUGUUGCGUGUGUGGCGUGGUGUUGAGUGUCGCUGUGCCUUACGGGUGUUUGCCGCCACUCACUGUCUUGGUCUGCAUCAGAUCACACUUCCACCUUGUGUUUGUGAACUUCAGUCCCUCACAGGCUUCAGUGUUGAGUGCUGUGUGAGUUUGCAGCAAAGAAUGAUGGUUUUAGGUCUACUCUGUCUAUUUCAUUUUUUCUUUUUUCUUUUCUUUUUUUUUCUAUUUUUAUAUAUUUUUUUUUUUUUGCAUUUAUUGUUAUUUACUUUAUUUUUUUUAAGCUGCCUUUUUUAAGUUGGUGUAAAUGCACAUUGCUCCUUGUUGUAUGUCAAUCUGGAGAAGCUAUCACUGUAUUUGCAGCAAAGAAGAACAGUUUAUUCAUUUUGUCUUAUUCAAAGCAGGUCUUGUUUUUGAUAAUCCUUUAUUUUUAAGUGUGAUAAAUGUGCAUUGCUGUUUAUUUAAUGAACAUCUGGAGGACUUGCUAUUGUAUUUAUUUGCAGAAAAGAAUUACAUUUCAUUUUAUGCAAAACAGGUUUUCUUUUCUUUUUUUUUUCUUUUCUUUUUUUUUUUUUAUAAUUGUCAUAGUGAACUUUGUAUGAACGUGUAUUACUCAGAAUUGAAACGAAAUAUUUGUUUUUUAAUAUAUUUGCUGGAAAGAACCAUAUUUUAUUGUUUAUUUAAUUUAAAGCAGUUUUCCUCACGUUUAAGCUGCCAUCAGGAACUUUAUAAUGCUCAGUGUAUGGACGUGUAUGUAUGUGUGUGAGUGUAUGUACGUGUGUGUGUGUGUAUAUUACAGCUAGUGAGGCCUGUUUACUGACCCACUGCACACACCACAUCACACAUACAGUUAUACAGUAGCCUUAGUUCACUGUCAGGUGUUCUUGUGUAUAUACAGACUGAAAGCAAUGCAUGUAACUCCUUGCCAAGUUUAUAUUAAGUCAAACAUUAUCACCAGAGCAUCAGAAAAGUGUCACGGUGGAACGAUUCUGUCUAUCAAGCUUUUGUGUUCUCGAUAAAAGCCUGAUCAACUCU